AUGUUAUAAUAACCUAAUGAAAUAGUUGAUAACAAAAUUUGUCUUUGUAUGUUUAGUAAUUAACCGAAAAACAUAGAACACGAAUAAUGUUUUAAUGAGUAUAUUUUCGCAUCAGAAUAACUUUUCUUUUGACUAUUGUAGAUUGUAAAGUAUGAAUUAUUCAAUUAAAAUUGCAAGAAUAAAAUAAAUGGACCAAAGAAAAUGGAUUAUAAGAUGAAAAAAAUAUGAUGUCUGAUUAUUGA